GAGAUCGAGUUCAAUACUAAAGUGUUACGUUUUGACCAAGCACGAAAUCAAAUGAAAUCAACUCGGAAAUACGACAUCAGAACAGGAUUAACAGGAAGAGCAGCAACUGCAAUUGCCUCAGCAACUGCAACACAUCGCAGACAAUUCGAGGCGACGAGCUGUCGCAGAAUGUCCAGCAACAUUGUGCGGCAGCCACAGAGUCAACCACAACAACAACAAGUGCACGAGGUGCUUCUGCUGUUGCUGCUGCUGCUGUUCCUGGUGCCCAUUCAGAGAGCAGGACCUGCGCCCGCCUACGCCUGGUUCUAUGAUGUGGACAGCGAUGCAGGCGUGGCUAGCAUCCGUACCAUUACGGAUGUGCACAGUUUCACGGUGCCCGAGACGAGAAAUGCCCAUAAAUCGCAGCGUACACAGCUGGUGCAACAAUUUCCCAGCACCAGCAAUGACCACAAUCAUCCUCAACUCCAUCGAGAUGCACUUAGGGUGCGUCGUCGGCAGCUGGUCUUUGUGGCACUGCUACCCUCGGUGGAAUCGGACAACAAGAACGACUGCAUCAUGCCCAAAGUGCUGCCAGUGCUGGAGCUGGGUAUUGCCCAUGUGCAGCGCAUGGGCUUUGUGGGUGGCGUUCAGAUUGAUAUUACGCUGAUCGCGCGGGAUACGUUCUGCUCCUCCACAUACGGGCCACUUGGCUUCUUUGAGAUCUACACCCAGUGGCCGGAGAUGAACGCCAUCUUUGGCCUACCCUGCGAGUAUGUUUUGGCGCCCAUCUCCCGCUAUGCCGAUGUCUGGCAGAUUCCAUUGCUCACGACUGGCGGCAAUGCCGGUGAGUUCAGCAAGAAGGCGGAGAGCUAUUCAACGCUGACACGCCUCAAGGGCGCUCAGGUCAACAAUCUGGGCAACAUGGUUCGCGCCCUGCUGAACACCUACAAUUGGACGCGCACCGCCUUGAUCUAUCAGAAUGAGAAUGCCAAGAUCAAGGGCAACUCUGUCUGCUUUCUAUGUCUGGCUGCCAUACACGCCACCAUCGAAAGGGAAUCGGUUUACCAGCUGGGCUUCGAUACGGCACACUGGACCAAGGCGUAUACCAUACGACUGCUCCGGAAUGUGGCCAUGCGAACAAGAAUUGUCAUUAUGUGCGCCGAUCCGCAGUCCAUACGUCAAAUUAUGCUGACAGCCGAGGAGUUGAAUAUGAUCGAUAGCGGUGAAUAUGUUUUCAUCAAUAUUGAAUUAUUUUCGCGUGUGCCGUAUAUGACAUCUCUGCCUUGGUAUGAUAAGAACGAUACUGAUUUCAACAACGAACGCGCAAAGAAGGCCUACACAGCGAUGCUAACCGUGACACCCAAGCAGCCAAAUGACGAUGCCUACACGAAGGUUUCCAACGAGAUCAAAGAUAUCGCUUCGGCCAAAUAUAAUUAUACGUUUAGCGAGAAUGAACCAAUUUCUGCAUUCGUGACGUCCUUUUUUGAUGGUGUCCUGCUCUAUGCCAAUGCGCUUAAUGAGAGCAUCCGAGAGGAUCCGAGCAUGCUGACCAGACCCAUCAAUGGCACCGAUAUGGUCCGUCGCAUGUGGAAUCGCAGCUUUACUGGGAUUACUGGGAAUGUGACUAUCGAUUCGAAUGGGGAUCGCAUCUCGGCAUAUUCGCUGCUGGACAUGAAUCCCAACACUGGCCGAUUUGAGAUUGUCGCCCACUUUCUGCACAAUCGAUUGGAGUUUGAGUCCGAGAAGGAAAUACAUUGGGCUGGGGGACGUGAAAUUGCGCCACCCGAUCGUCCCAUCUGUGGAUACGAUGGAUCACUGUGCCCGGACAAUUCACUGCCUGGCUAUGCCAUACUGUCGAUAGUUCUUGGCACAAUGGUGAUCGUGAUGGCCGUGUGCUUCUUCUUCGGAUAUCGCCAUUAUAUUGCCGAGGCGGAGAUCAAUUCGAUGAGCUGGAAGGUAUCGCUGGAGGAUGUUAUGUUCCGCGAUGGCACCGAUCAUUUAAUGCGUGGCUCGUUUCAUUCGCUGGUCAAACAGAGCUCCCAGCUGACCCUCAUGUCCGAGGACAUGGUAUCCAUCAAUGGCGAUCGCCAGAUCUUCAUACCCGUGGGCAUGUACAAGAAGAGCAAGGUGGCCAUCAAGCCCAUCGAGCUGGACAAUGUGCAGGGCGUGCUGUCGCGCAAUCUGAUGUUGGAGCUGAAGCGCAUGAAGGAUUUGCAGCAUGAUCACUUGGUUAAGUUCUAUGGCGCCUGUCUGGAUCAGCGUCGCAGUUUCCUACUCACCGAGUACUGUCCCAAGGGCUCGCUGCAGGACAUACUGGAGAACGAACAGUUCCAGCUGGACUGGAUGUUCAAGCUGUCGCUGAUGCAUGACAUUGUCCGUGGCAUGCAGUUUAUUCACAGUUCUGACAUUCGCUCCCACGGUAAUCUCAAGUCCUCCAACUGUGUGGUCGACUCACGCUUCGUUCUCAAAAUCACCGACUUUGGACUACACAGUUUGCGACGCACUCAUCAUGACAUCGAGAGCGAUAUUGAGAACUUCAAUAGUCAUGCCUACUGGAAGAAACGCCUGUGGACAGCGCCAGAGUUAUUGCGGCUGGAGCAUCAGCGUGCACCCGAAGGCACCCAGAAGGGCGAUGUGUAUUCAUUUGGCAUUAUUGUGCACGAGAUAACCACACGACAAGGACCCUUUUAUUUGGGCAGAUGUGCGCUCGAGAAAACGCCUCAAGAGAUCGUCGAGCUGGUUAAGAGCCACAAGCCGAGCCAGAACAAACCCUUCCGCCCAGAACUGGAGCCGGGCGGUGAUAUCAAGGCGGAUGUCAUUGGCAUCAUAAGGCGCUGCUGGGCUGAAGAUCCUUUGGAGCGACCCGACUUUAAUACGCUCAAGUGCAUGAUACGCAAAUUCAACAAAGACAACGAGACUGGAAAUAUUGUGGACAACCUGCUGAAGCGCAUGGAAAUGUAUGCGAAUAAUUUGGAGGAGCUUGUCGAGGAGCGCACCCAGGACUAUCUCGAGGAGAAGAAAAAGUGCGAGAAGCUGCUCUACCAGUUGCUGCCACAGAGCGUUGCCGCUCAAUUGAUCAGCGGGCAGCCAGUUGUGGCCGAAACCUUUGACCAGGUGACCAUAUAUUUCAGUGACAUCGUUGGUUUCACUGCCAUCUCAGCGGAGAGUACUCCGAUGCAAGUGGUGCAGUUCCUCAACGAUCUCUAUACCUGCUUUGACGCGAUUGUGGAGAACUUCGAUGUUUACAAAGUGGAAACGAUUGGCGAUGCCUACAUGGUCGUCUCCGGCCUGCCCAUACGCAAUGGCAACAAUCAUGCUCGGGAGAUUGCACGCCUCUCCCUAGCCCUACUGGAGGCUGUGCAUAAUUUUAGGAUCCAUCAUCGACCCGAUGAUCGCCUGAAGCUAAGGAUUGGCCUGCAUACGGGUGCCUGUGUCGCCGGCGUUGUGGGCCAAAAGAUGCCACGCUAUUGUCUCUUUGGUGACACCGUAAACACAGCCUCGCGCAUGGAGUCCAACGGCGAGGCGCUCAAGAUUCACAUCAGUGAGACGACCAAGAAGGCGCUAGAUGAGUUUGGCAUCUUUCUAACGACCCGACGAGGUCUGGUGCCCAUGAAGGGCAAGGGUGAAAUGCUGACAUAUUGGCUGGAGGGUGAGGUGCCCAAGCCAGAUGCCCUAAUCUCGCCCAGCAAGCUGAUGUUGACGCGACGCUCAUCGUUGAAGCAACCCCAUCGGCAGGGUCCUCAGCCACAUCCCUUGUACAAACAAUACUCGGAGCUGGGCAGCAUUGUGGCCAAUGUGAUGCCACCGCCAGUGCCAGCGAUAGCGUUACCUGUAGUGGACAAGGAGAAGUCACCCAAUCUACGCGUUAAGCGCAAGAUUAGCUCCAGCUCACCCAAGCUGAAUGGUAACUGCUUCGAGCAUAAUGAAAAGACUGAAACCAAUUACUAUUUGGAUGCCGGACAACAACAGCAGCAGCAGAAUGUUCCAUCUGAUAUCUACAGCAGUCGAUCGCUGAGAGGCGUUGAAGUUGGUGGGGAUUCAGCAGAUGCUGACGGCGACUGCUGGGAGCUGGCCAACUUUCGUUUGCCGUUGAGCGGCAUGCUCCGCAAUCACAACAGUUGCCUGGCCCCGAGCAAUACCCACUCCAAUUCUAAUUCCAAUUUGAGCGGCAUACUCCAGCCACAGCCCCAAGUCAGGAGCCGCCAGAGGGCAUCGCCCACGAUCUCAACGUUGCUGAAGAGCAACACAGACACGGUUAGCGCCAAUAUUGGGCAGCGUAUUAAGUUCGCCGUCUGUGAUGAGACUCCAUUGCUAAGCAAGCAAGUGCCUGGAUUGGCAACGAUGGCCAACCCCAAUUUGGAGCGGAGUGGGAGCAGCUGCAGCAAUCAGAACAUUCCAAACCCAAGCAGCGACAAUCCAUAUGGCUAUCUAGUCAAGAACUACAAACAGCUGCUCUGCAAGCCCGCAAACGUCUCGAAUAGUCAUGGACAUGGACAUGGACAUGAUCUCUCCUUGGUCGAGGAGUGUCCACGUCUGCCGGUAACUGCACGUGGAGCCGGCUCCAGCAGCACCGUAACGCAGCCGCUAUUGGCCAAAAUCAACUCGUAGCUGUAAGCAUUGAGACUCAUAUUUGACCCAGGACCCGAUCAGGACUGAGGUACCCUUCUCUAGUACCUAGUACUCGGAAUGAUGCAUAUUAAAUGUACUUGUUUGUGAUAAUUAGUUUAAAUCCAAGUUGAACAAUAUAGGAGUUAAUCAUUUGAAAUAAAUAUUUAUAUUUAUGUAUUGUCUCAAUGCAUUCAAAUUAAUAUUUUAAACUGUCUCACAUAAUUUAUAUAAAAUGUAUACGCAAGCUUAAGCAAAAAUUCCUUAGAAUCAAUUUGAAAUAUGGCAGAGGAAAAUAAUGAGAUUUGCAACAGAUAACUGAUAGGAAUAAUUUAGAUCACAAUUUAAAUUUGCAUGUGAAAUUUGUGCCGUUAUUAAUUAAGUAGCGAAUUUGGCAAUGGACUUUUAAAACUCCAACAAAUGUAAAUAUAUAAUUUAAAGACAUCAAAUGUAGUUUCUACUUCUGAUAGAUUCGUCACUGGCGCCUUGAAUAUUCGUCAGCAAACUCAAUGUGAAUAAGUUUUAAAAUUACGUAUACUGUUUUCAUAUAAAUGUAAUUCUAAAGUAUUAAAAAGAAUGGAAAACAAAAAA